ACAAUAGGAAACGUCAAAAACUCUACUGUCGGCAGCUCGGGCUCCGGCAGGCUGAAGUCCUGUGAGUUCGCCGGAGUCUGGGGCUGUUUCUGGUACUCUCGCAGCCGUCGAGUUCCCCAGCGAGAACCCCUGCGGUUUGCACAGGCCUCUCCAUGGCCCGGGCACCAGUUCCCGGCUGAGCCGAUUUCUCUUGGCUGGCAGCCCCCGCCCACAGGCCGAUUCGUCGCGGCGGCGGUCGAGAUCUCAGGUCGCUCAGGCUUGCAGAUGGGUCAAGGACUCUGGAGAGUGGCCAGAAACCAGCAGCUCCAGCAGGAAGGCUAUAGUGAGCCAGGCUACCUCACCAGAGAGCAGAGCAGGAGAAUGGCUGCGGGCAGCAUUUCUCACACCAGCCACCGUAAACAAGUCCAAGGAGGCAUCGAUAUAUAUCAUCUGCUGAAGGCAAGGAAGUCUAAAGAGCAGGAAGGAUUCAUUAACUUGGAAAUGUUGCCUCCUGAGCUAAGCUUUACCAUCUUGUCCUAUCUGAAUGCAACUGACCUCUGCUUGGCUUCCUGUGUUUGGCAGGACCUCGCUAAUGAUGAACUUCUCUGGCAAGGGUUGUGUAAAUCCACUUGGGGUCACUGUUCUAUAUACAAUAAGAACCCACCCCUAGGAUUUUCCUUUAGAAAAUUGUAUAUGCAGCUGGAUGAAGGAAGCCUCACCUUUAAUGCCAACCCAGAUGAGGGAGUGAACUACUUUAUGUCCAAGGGUAUCUUAGAUGACUCACCGAAGGAAAUAGCAAAAUUUAUCUUCUGUACAAGAACUCUAAAUUGGAAAAAACUGAGAAUCUAUCUUGAUGAAAGGAGAGAUGUCUUGGAUGACCUUGUAACUCUGCAUAAUUUCAGAAAUCAGUUCUUGCCAAAUGCACUGAGAGAAUUUUUUCGUCAUAUCCAUGCCCCAGAAGAACGUGGGGAAUACCUUGAAACUCUUAUAACAAAGUUCUCACAUAGGUUCUGUGCUUGUAAUCCUGAUUUAAUGCGAGAACUUGGCCUUAGUCCUGAUGCUGUCUAUGUACUGUGCUACUCUUUGAUUCUACUUUCCAUUGACCUCACUAGCCCUCAUGUGAAGAAUAAAAUGUCAAAAAGAGAAUUUAUUCGAAAUACCCGUCGUGCUGCUCAAAACAUUAGUGAAGAUUUCGUAGGACACCUUUAUGACAACAUCUACCUGGUUGGCCAUGUGGCUGCAUAAAAGCACAACUGCUGGAACUUCACCGUUUUACUCUAGACUAAAGCUACCCAGGACUUGCUGAGCAGAUAUGAUCUGGGGGUUCACCAGUGCUGGUCCUUCUGGCCGCUGUAUGCAAUCAAGCUUGACUACACAGCCUCGUUAUUUCACUGUUUUCUUUUUUAGGGAUUUCCUUGGGGAACUAAAUAAUUUUUUAAAAUUUUUCUUAAUUUUGCUCAUCAUGUUUGCACAGAACAGAGCCAUUGUCUGACGUAGCUGUUAAAUACUGUUAAACUGACAUAUAUUCUAUAAAAUGGUGUGUUUGUGCAUUAGAUUUGCCUGAAAACUAUUUCCAUCCUUUUUAAUGCCAUGUAAUGUAUACAUAUUUAACGAAAGAGAUUUAUAAUCAUAAUUAUUUUAUUGUAAAGAUUUUAACUAAAGUUUUUCCUUUUCUCUCAAACUGAGUUUGGAAAUUUAUUUGAUUCUGAUCUGAGAAGAUUGUUGUCUUUGUAAAAGUUGGAUCUGACUUAAGAUACCAAUACCAGCUUUCCAUUUUUUUGAAUUUUUGAAAAGUGUAGAUUUAUUACUAUAUUACUAUGCAAAACUGGUCUUAUUUGUAUAGUAUAUAUCAUUUAAUUCUUCAUUUUUAAAACCUCUGAGUUAGUCAAAUUUCAAUAAGUCCUUUAAACAUUUAGAAUACACAAAUCUAUCAGAAUUUAGAAGUUACACAUAUAAACAGAAUAAAAAUAUUAUUAGAAUGCUGG